AUGACGUCGAGCUCACCAACUGCCGGCACGACGGCUGCGCCCGUCAAGAUCUCCACAGCGGAAGGCUUCGUCACCGGCGCUUUGGCGGCCAUGACAGCUGUCACAGUAACAAAUCCAAUGGAAGUGUGCAAGACUCGUAUGCAGCUUCAAGGCGAGCUCAUGUCCUCAGCGCCUCGUGUGCUCAGCGGUCAAGCCGGCUCCGCAGCACCACAGGCUGGCGCGCAAGCUGCCGUCGGUGCACGAUUGUACAAGUCCUCGCUCGACUGCUUCACAAAGACGCUCAAGUCCGAAGGCAUCAAGGGUGUGCAAAGAGGUAUCGGCGCGGCAUACGUGUAUCAGGUACUGCUCAACGGCAGUCGUCUCGGCUUUUACGAGCCAUUCCGCAAGGCCAUCAACCGUGCAGCAGGGAGGAGACCGGAAGAGCAGUGGGCAGCAGGUGCCUUUGCCGCAGGCGCCUCGAGUGGUUGUGUCGGUGCGAUUCUCGGCAACCCGCUGUUCCUCAUCAAGGCGCGAAUUCAAGCCUACAGCCCCCAUUUCGUCAUCGGCAGAGCAUCGCAUAACUACACGAGCACCAUCGACGGUCUCUCCAAGAUCAUCAAGAGCGAAGGCGUUCGAGGUCUCGUUCGCGGUAUGGACGCUGCUGUGCUGCGAACGGCCAUGGGAAGCACCGUCCAGCUGCCAGCGUACACAUGGUUCAAAGGCUACCUCACCAACAUGGACGUCGAAGCGAAUCCAUACAACCCGCUCAAGUUCAUCGCCAACAAGCCCAACUCGUUUUUCACCUACUUUGCCUCAUCCAUCUUCAGCGGUCUCUGCGUAUGCGCUGUGAUGCAGCCAGCGGAUACGGCGCUGACACGCAUGUACAACCAGCCAGUGCGGGUCGAUGAGCGCGGCCGAAGUGUCGGCACGCUAUACCGCAACCCUUUCCACUGCUUGUAUCUCACGGCCAAAGCCGAAGGUGUUCUAGGCUGGUACAAGGGCACCACGGCCCAUCUCUUCCGCAUCGCACCGCACACGGUAUUGACUUUGGUGGUCAACGAAGCGUACUUGCGGUGGUACACCAACUUCAAGGCAGGUCGCUCGCUGCUGGAUGCCCCUGCCGUCAAGAAGAUGUAG